AUGCUAGCUCUUACAUCACGCCGGUUGCUGCUGCAGCAAACAUUUAUGCGAUGCUGUAAGAGUGUAAACAGUGUGACCCUUGUUGGCGUCGUUCAUGAUAUUCAGAGCGGCUUUGUAUAUGAAGAUGCCGUCACGCAGUUUACACUAACAACGACGAGCAUUGACACGACACAUCCAACUCAGGAGGUUGUCGUCGAGAAGGACCACCACACGAUCCGCUGCUUCGGCGAGCUCUUCUCAGCGGAAGUGAAACAAAAGGUAAAGGAGGGAAAUGUAGUGUGUGUGAAUGGGAGGCUUCGUCUUAGCCCCCAACUUGAGCCUUCCUGCAACAAACACUUUUACUUUCCAUACAUUCAGGUUCAGCCACCUCAUGGCCAGGUGGCGGUCAUCCAUGGCGACAGGCGGACGGUUCCCGCGGCAGUGAACCCUGCGGUGGAGGAUAUAAAGUCGGAAAAGGAGGGCUCUGGUGGUGACCAAAGUGGUGUGCCAUCGUAA